GGGUUUUAUUCUCGGGCUCCGGUCUCACGCCAAACCCUGUCACACCGUCUAGACAAGCUGUCGUGGGGCUCAGCCCAGCUGUCACCAUGGCGAUGGAGACGAGUCCGCUGUGAAUUUUGGGGGGGAGAGCGCGAGCGAGCGAGAGCGGCGGCGGAGGAGGAGGAGGAGGAGGAGGAAGGCUCGGCUGCCGCCGUGCCCUGCCCCGCCGCCGCCCGCGGGGGAGGCACGGACCCCCCGGCGCUCUCGGCCGCGGCUGGAGCCGGCCCGGCGGGGAGCCCCGGGGAGCCAGCGGCCGCGCAGCGAGCCUCAGAUGCGUCUGUCACACAACCCCGGCCGAGCUAUUUAAAGUAACGGGCCUCGCCGGACUUUGUCUCUGCCUAUUUAUGAGUCCCCGGGAGCCGGCAGGCGCCGCCGGGCAGCGCUAGGAGCCGAGCCCGCAGCGCCAGCCCCGCGGGGAAGCCAGCGCCGAGCCGGGGCCGCGGGGCCGGCCGCCGGGCCGGGCCGGGCCCGCCCGGAGCAUGACGGCGAUCGGGGCGCUCCUGCUCUGCUCCUGCCUGGGGCUGCUGCGGCCGGGCGGCGGGCAGCCCUUCCUGCGGCUGCGGCCCUCGCCCAGCGACAACCUGCCCGUCAAAGACAUCGUGGAGCACCCGGACCCCGAGUACGACCCCAAGGAGCAGGACCUGGACGAGCGGACUCUGCGCAAGAAGCUGGGCAGCCAUUUCGACCCCGGCUUCAUGGCCGUGGCCGUGCCGGGCCCCGCCAACGCCUCGGGCGCCGAAGCGGCGGCGGCGGCGGCGGCGGGGCGGGCGCGGGCGGCGCUGCCCGCAGAGCUGCGGCGGCUGGAGCUGGGCGCACCGCCCCACGGGCCGCGCCUGCGGGUGGGCAAGAAGGCGAGGCGGAAGGUGCUGCAGUGGCUCUGGGCGUACACCUACUGCCCCGUGCUCUACACCUGGAAGGACCUGGGCGUCCGCUUCUGGCCGCGCUACAUCAAGGAGGGCAACUGCUUCGCCGAGAAGUCCUGCUCGCUGCCCGAGGGCAUGUUCUGCAAGCCCGUCAAGUCGGUCACCAAGACCUUCCUGCGCUGGCACUGCCAGGGCUGGUCCAGCCAGAAGUACUGCACCUGGAUCCCCGUGCAGUACCCGCUCAUCUCCGAGUGCAAGUGCUCCUGCUAGCCGCCGGCCCGGCGCGGCUCGGCCCGGCGCGGCUCGG